GUAUAUGCUUGCCCACAGCGUACCCACAAGCAGGAUAGGCGAGUAAAGUGCAGCUGACCAGUUUUGUUUGCUCUACCAAUAUGACUCAGUUCAAGUUGACAUAUUUCAAUGGCAGGGGGCGUGGUGAAAUCGCCAGGGUUAUGUUCGCAGCGGCCGACGUAAAAUAUGAAGACCACAGGAUCGAAAUGGCAGAUUGGCCACAGAUAAAGCCAACUACCUCGCAUGGAUACCUUCCGAUACUGACGGUAGAUGGUAAAUGUCUUCACCAGAGUGGUGCUAUCUACCGAUACUGGCAGCAAAUUCGGCUUCAUGGGUCGCAACGACUGGGAGGCGGCACUCAUCAAUGAGACGGCCGAAAUUGGAGAUGACCUGUUCCGACCAAUGGCGGAAUCAGUUUUCUCAUCGAACGAAGCCAGAAAGGCUGAGCUCCGCAAAGCCUUACCAGAGGUUAUCAUACCCAAAACAAUAAAGCUUUUGGAAAUGCGGCUGAAAGAAAACGGAAACAACGGGUUUUUCGUAGGAGACAAGUUGUCACUUGCCGACGUCGCAAUAUUCGUGCUUCUGCAACCCAUGAUGGAGAACCCAGAUCUGGCCGCUGCCUUCAAGGAUCACUGCGCCAUAACAGAACACGUGAAACGUAUCGGUGCGAUACCGGCCAUUAAGAAAUGGGUCGGGAUUCGCCCAAAGACACCAAUUUAGGGUCUAACUCUGAACAGAACCUCAGGUUCGAAAAGAUUCGUUGCCAUUCGAAUUGCGAUUUUAUUUCAUUUUUCGUUGCGGUUUUGGAAUGAUUUCGUUGCAAUUUCGUUCAAAUAGGUAUAUCCACACUAAUAUAAAAGACACAAUUAUUGGAGAAUAGCUAGGGGAUACGCUCAGAUAUCGAUGCUUUAGUCGGUAGGUCGAGUCGAGUCGAGAAAGGAUAAUAUUAGUAACGAAGAACUGCAAUAUCUCAGUGUAAUGCUUUACGUUUUGUUUGUUUUCACAUAUUAUAUGAUGACGAUAGACAUUUAUAGCAGGUGCAUGAUGGUUCUCCAUAGUUGAUCUUCGUUUAUUUUUUUCACUUAUGUUGUCCUCGCAAGUUUUGUUCACGCUACGUAAUAAGCACUUGACUUGUAUAACGACCCCGAAUAGAGGAUACAUCUUGAUGUAAUUAUAUUUUCCGCAUCUCGACUUGAAAUUAUAUUAUUACCGAUGGAAUAUUUAAGGUAGCCCCGAAAUAGCAUUUGUAACUACGUCUGGCAUGUCAAAUAUUAUUGCUGGUGAUGGGUGUGAAGUUAAUGAAAGCAUUUAAUUUGCGAAGCUUAGUAUUGAGGAACUCUGUUAGGUAGCGAAUAUAUUCGCGGGUGUGCCACAGCUCAUGGUUACCAUACGACAACGCAAUACUCAAUCGGUAGAGCAGGAUCUGAACAUUCUCACCUGGUUUGAAGGUCAGCCUAUUCCAGGCUAGGCGGCACUGGUGAUAGAACAACAAUUCUGAUAGAACAAUGAUUCUACUGCAAGGACGUGCUAUACAAAGCAGAACGUCGCGCUCAAACCGGUUCCUGAUUCCCACAAAAAUGUACAUGCAGAUACAGGUGAUCAUUUCUUUGUCCGCACGCAGACGUUAUAACCCCGAUUUGCUAAUCUGAGGGUGCGGGUUUAACUGGAGUUUACUCCAUUACUGGGGUCUGCGUGGGCUCGGACUAAUCAUUUCUAUGCUCAUUCUUAGACACACCCGAGAUGUGAGCUUCCGCUGCUGUUUCAUAUGAUUCUAGACUUUGAUUCUUGAUUUUAGAUAUUGAUUAUGAUUUGAUUAUGAUAACGGAGGCCGUACCAAAUAGUAACCUAAAUUUAAACUGUAUAUAACCAGCGUUCGUACAUACGCCAUAAGCGUAACGUUGGAGGAGCAACUGUCAACUAGAAGCUUGAAAAAAAUGAAAUCUUAUUGCAUGCAAAUUGAAUGCAAAUGACCCUAAAAUAAUUGUAAAUCAUCAUGUAGUUGUCCGAGAAACGUUCGUUUCGCAUACACCCACUCUCCUCGGCUUACCAUAUGCACGUAGUUUGGGAGCUGCGUCACUUCCUUGUCAUUGCUCAGCUGAGUCCAGUGACAGAUAUGGGGGGGGGGCCACCAGCCACCCUCCCCUUAUACCACAAAAACGGAUAGUACUUCUUCAAAUAAAAUAAAUUAAAUGGAAGUACA